CCUCUCCCUCCUCGCUCCGCGUGAAGCUGCGCACAGGAGGAGGAGGAGACGCGGCGCGCCAGCGAGCUGCCCGUGACGGGACGUCAACCCAGAUCUCUACAUAAACUCCCAGGCACUGUCCAGCCAUGACCAUCGCCAGCGCCAACAACAGCAUCACGGGCCAUGGCAGCACGGGCAGCCUCUACAACCCGACGAACGAGACGCGUGACUGCGUGCGCGCCGUCACGCGAGAGGACAUACGUGCGCACCUCCUCGACAGCAACGAGCGCGUGGUCAUCAACGUGGCCGGCAUGAAGUUCGAGACGUGCGCGCGGACCCUCGCCCAGUUCCCCGACACCCUGCUGGGCGACCCGGCGCGACGCGCCCAGCACUUCGACCCCCUGCGCAACGAGUACUUCUUCGACCGCAACCGGCCCAGCUUCGACGCCAUCCUCUACUACUACCAGUCGGGCGGGCGGCUGCGCAGGCCCGCCAACAUCCCCUUCGACUUGUUCUCCGAGGAGAUCCGCUUCUUCGAGCUGGGCGAGGAGACGAUCCAGCGCUUCCGCGAGGAUGAGGGCUACAUCCGCGAGGAGGAGAGGCCGCUGCCCGAGUCGGAGCUCAAGCGCCAGGUCUGGCUGCUCUUCGAGUACCCCGAGAGCUCGAGUGCGGCCCACCUCGUCGCGAUUCUCUCCGUUGUCGUCAUCUUAGUGUCAAUUUUCAUCUUCUGCAUGGAAACGCUGCCGCAAUUCCGAGACCAUGUUGAUCAAGAAGAGCAGUUCAAUGCCACCGAAAUUUCUUCAACCGCCAGUUUUGCCACAGAUCCAUUUUUUCUGGUGGAAACCCUUUGUAUCGUGUGGUUUUCCUUCGAGCUCGUCGCACGAUUCCUCUCGUGCCCUAGCAAAACUGCGUUCUUCCAAAACAUCAUGAACAGCAUCGACGUGGUGGCCAUCAUGCCGUACUUCAUCACGCUCGGAAUGGAGCUGGCCGAGCAGCAGGGCAACGGUCAGCAGACCAUGUCGCUCGCCAUCCUGCGCGUCAUCCGCCUGGUGCGCGUAUUCCGGAUCUUCAAGCUCUCGCGCCACUCCAAGGGCCUCCAGAUCCUGGGCCAGACCCUCAAGGCGAGCAUGCGCGAGCUGGGGCUGCUCAUCUUCUUCCUCUUCAUCGGCGUCAUCCUCUUCUCGAGCGCCGCCUACUUCGCCGAGGUAGACGAGCCUAAAACGUACUUCACGAGCAUCCCGCACGCGUUCUGGUGGGCCGUGGUCACCAUGACGACGGUUGGCUACGGUGACAAGGUACCCGUGACGGUGGGUGGCAAGGCGGUGGGGUCGCUGUGCGCCAUCGCCGGCGUGCUCACCAUCGCGCUGCCCGUGCCCGUCAUCGUGUCCAACUUCAACUACUUCUACCACCGCGAGACCGACGUCGACGACUCGCACUCUGGCAAGGCCCACUCUCCGGAGCACUCUGCCGCCAGGAUGUCAAUCGUCCAGUCGCUGAGGAGGAGCGCACCGAGCACGCCCGUCCACGCACCAGGCUCCAUGAGCAAGAGCGACAACACGCGCACACACACAUAUGUGGCCAACAGCUUUGAGCAUCAGUGCAAGCCCACCGAUGUGUGAAGGCCACGUGGCCAUUGGUUGGAAAUGUUCAACCCUUUUGUCUAAAUUCAUGUAGCCUCUGUGUACUAUACAUUUUUUUCCAUGUUUUGUUUUUGGGUGGGGGUUAUUUACCUUUUUGAAAUGCAUUGGCAGUAUUUUCAUAUCUUUUGUUUACUUUUAUACUUAUCUUUAUACAUACAUUGCUUUUUUCCGAAUGCUUAACACAUAUGUGAAAAUAUUUCCGACGUUUGUUUGUUUUUUGAAAUCUCGAAUGGUAUGCAAUUUGUAUGUGUUUAUAAUCUAUCGUCUCAGAUACCGACAUGGCCUUGUUUGAAUUAGUUUCAAUUAUGAAAUGAUUACCGCACUAUGAAUUGCUUUGCAAGUCCUGUGUUUCUCGGCUUUCCCGAGAGCUUUUGUUGAUGCUCAUAAGCACUUUAACGCAAUGCAAUCACUUGAAAAGCUUGGAAUGAGUUAAUUGCCAGGUGAAAGCCACUUAACUUAAUCCUGUAACUUUCUGCCAUCUUGCUUUUUUUGCUGUAUACUUUAAAUCGUUUUGCGUUGGUAAAUUCUAAUAUAUAAGCGACUGGCGAGACGUUCGUAGUAAUGAUAUAUGCAUGCCGAAUAAUAAUUACAAGUAAGCAUCAAUAAUGUAAACUGAUGUUCAUAUCUAAUCUCAUUAGAAAUGUAAAUUGUAUAAGUCAGUGGUUCCCAACCGUUCUGGCCCCGCCGACCACAGUCCAAUCAAGACAUCUUCGUUGACCACCACGUGGGAAUAGCAGUCCGCCAUAACAUUCAAUACAACCCUGUUCAUUAAAAAGCAAUAAAAAAACAUUAACUUGCUAUUAAUUCAAUCUUCUAAAUAAUUGUGCAAUGGGCAGUCAGUAAUUUUUUGUUAAAAAAAAACGUUAGUACGGAUCUGCAACAGUUCCACUGGCAAGUGUACCCACGGCCUUGCAGAUGGACAGUGGCCCACGGACCAGAGACUGGGAACUGCUGGUCUGUGUUAAUGUAGUUUGUGAUGUCUGCCUUGGAGUUUGUAGACUGUAGGGCUUCCUCGAGCUGUCACUGUGUUUGAUUUCACAGGACUCAUGUGCAAGAAUCAAUAUCACUGUUUAGAGUUUAUUUUGUGAGUGGACCAUUUGAAAAGGAGAAAAUGUUUCUUAAGUGGUGAAUGUCUUAUACACAAGCCCACGUCUUUGUAGUCACAGGAUCUCUCUGUCCCAUCAGCCUGUUGGCUCAUGAGCAGCAGCAGGCAAUUCACAAUUUAUGUUUUUUGUAAGCUUGGCGUUAGAGACAAUUGCACUCAAAUUAAGUAGCUUUGAAAUGCAACUCAAGCGACGCGCAUUACUCUUGGGACUACGGAAGAGCAAUUAGGAUGAUGGCUUAGAAUUGGAAGCUUAGAUUAGGAUUGGGAUGUGUAAAUCGUUAGUUGGCUUGUGUACUGAAGUUGAAAUAACUCGUGAGAGACCAGCCUUUGAUUGUAGUCAUCGUGGUGGGAAUCUCGGCACAACACGCCGUUGCUGUGUGAAGGCCAUUCCAUGAUGUUUUGUAUGUACCAGAUGUUUGUGUCAUCAUUGAC